UCGGGUGCAGCGGCAGGGGGAUGGCCGUGGAGGGAUCCAGGGGCCCCGGCGGUCAGAGGGCUCAGCCGUGAUCCGGCGCGGGGGCCGGAGCGCCGGUCGGGGUCGGGGGCACCUGGCGGCGGCAGCAGUGGCCGCGCAUCUGGAUGGAAGCGAGCUUUGUCCAGACCACCAUGGCUCUGGGGCUGUCCUCCAAGAAAGCGUCUUCCCGCAAUGUGGCUGUGGAGCGUCGGAACCUGAUCACCGUGUGCAGGUUCUCGGUGAAAACACUGCUGGAGAAGUACACAGCAGAGCCCAUCGAUGACUCAUCUGAGGAGUUUGUAAAUUUUGCAGCCAUCUUAGAGCAGAUCCUCAGCCACCGUUUCAAAGCCUGUGCCCCAGCAGGUCCGGUGAGCUGGUUCAGCUCAGACGGGCAGCGGGGCUUCUGGGACUAUAUCCGGCUGGCCUGCAGCAAAGUGCCCAACAACUGCGUGAGCAGCAUCGAGAACAUGGAGAACAUCAGCACAGCCCGAGCCAAGGGCCGGGCAUGGAUCCGGGUGGCACUGAUGGAGAAGCGCAUGUCGGAAUACAUCACCACAGCCCUGCGGGACACCCGGACCACCAGGCGUUUCUACGACUCGGGAGCCAUCAUGCUGCGGGAGGAAGCCACGGUCCUUACAGGGAUGCUGAUCGGACUGAGCGCCAUAGACUUCAGCUUCUGCCUAAAGGGCGAAGUGCUGGACGGGAAGACCCCCGUGGUCAUCGACUACACGCCCUACCUAAAGUUCACCCAGAGCUACGACUACCUGACGGACGAAGAGGAGCGGCACAGCGCCGAGAGCAGCACAAGCGAGGACAACUCUCCUGAGCACCCGUACCUGCCGCUCGUCACCGACGAGGACAGCUGGUACAGCAAGUGGCACAAGAUGGAACAGAAGUUCCGUAUCGUCUACGCGCAGAAGGGCUACCUGGAGGAGCUGGUGCGUCUGCGCGAGUCGCAACUGAAGGACCUGGAGGCGGAGAACCGGCGGCUGCAGCUGCAGCUGGAGGAGGCGGCGGCGCAGAACCAGCGCGAGAAGCGGGAGCUGGAAGGCGUGAUCCUGGAGCUGCAGGAGCAGCUGACAGGUCUGAUCCCCGGUGACCACGCUCCCCUGGCCCAUGGUUCGAAGGAGCUCACCACGGCCCUGGUCAACCAAUGGCCAUCACUGGGAACGCUCAGUGGGGCCGAGGGUGCCAACAACCCCAAGCUUUACCGGAGACACAGUUUCAUGAGUACGGAGCCGCUGUCAGCUGAAGCCAGUCUGAGCUCGGAUUCCCAGCGCCUGGGAGAGGGCAAGCGGGAUGAGGAGCCCUGGGGCCCUAUCGGGAAGGACCCCACGCCCUCCAUGCUGGGCCUCUGCGGCUCCCUGGCCUCCAUCCCCAGCUGCAAGUCCCUGGCGAGCUUCAAAUCCAACGAGUGCCUGGUGAGCGACAGUCCCGAAGGCAGCCCGGCACUGAGCCCCAGUUGAGGAGCGGCGUGGGCAGUGCCAGCCCCACCUGCUGGGGCACAGACACCUGUUGCCUUUCCUCAGAGUCCCUCAACCCAGGCCACCCUUCCAGAGAACGCUGCCCACCCAGCCAGGGUUCUCUCGGGAAAGACCCCCGUUGCUUCUUCCUAUGGUAGCUUCCUGCCCAAGGAGGCUGGGGCUGCAAAAGGAAGCCACCUGGUCCAGGAAGCAGGGCACCGAGGUCUCGGGGAGCACAUGGGGAAGCCUGUUCCACUCUUCUGGUCACCCUGACACCUACUGGCUUUGUACUGGACUCUCCUUCGCUCAUCUCCCCCACUGUCCUCAGGAGCUGGUGGCCCAGCCUUGGCACCCUCACCUCCCAUGCCUCUCUUGUCUGUCCCCGUGUGUCCCCUGGAGUCACUCCUUCCUCAGCCCCCAGGGUGGGGGCUCUGAGGGGACCAGGCAAAUAAAAACCAGAGGACUGAGGGCAGCCUUGUCUGUGGGGGGCUGGGACAGGGCCCCGUCCUGAGGCUGGCAAAAUGCGGUGGAGCCAGUGCCAGGAUCAUAACCAAGUGAUGCUGGACCAGACAGAACCUGUGUGCACCCGGGGGAGGCAAAUGGAUCAGAACCAGGGAGUGGGCAGCUUUUACGUGAAGUCUCCUAAAUAUUAGGUCUGCCCAGGACCAAGACACCUAAGUGUCCCUUCCACCUGAUACUCUUUAAUAACUUGCUUAAGUUCAGGCAGAGAAGACCCUGGACAUGUUGGGGGCAGGAUGGAGGCAAGCCUGGGCAGGGCCCUGUUUUCCUUCCAUCGUCCUGGGCAAUUCAGCUUUGGCAUAAAGUUGGAAAGCCCUCCGUUACGCCAAGGCCUAGCAGUGAGGCAACCCUCCCUCCCUCUGCUGUCCCUCAAGUGUGCCCUUGGGGAGAGGCCUCACCAUCCUCCGCCCUGGUCCCAGCACUACUGGGAUGCUGCCUGUCGCCCCCUCAACUCUGUCCUCACGCUGACCCGGCUCUAAGUUGGAGGGGGUCCUCCACAUGGGUGCCACCUGGGCAGCCAAAGCCAACAUCAAGGCCCCUCCCAGGCCUCCUCUGCAACUCACUCACCAAGUCUCGCUUUUCCCAGCCACCCCUGCACCCCCACAGUCACAGGCACUGGAGAGAAGUUCAUCAUUUUUA